AUGUCGUUCUCGCACUUGACAAGCGCGCGGCCGUCGAACGCGGCGUCAGACGACGCGCCCGUGACGCCGACGUCGGCGUUCGAGCUGGCAAGCAUCGGCCCCGGUUCGUACCUACCGCUGGCCAAUUGGCCUGGGAAGCAGUCGCCCGACCGACGACCCGUGACAUCGUUCGGUACGAGCGCGGAGCCCGAGGCGCCCCGCCAUGCGCGCUUGGACCGGGACCCGAAUGCACUCACCGCCGACAGCUACAUUAUGCGAGAACACCGCGAACUCGUGUCGCGGAGCAACGGCAAAACCGGGCGCACAAAGAAGCGACACGAGAGCCCUGGUGCAGUCUCAGCAGAAGCCCCGGUCGCCCGGCCGUACUGGAGACGUACACAUUGCGAGUGCCCCGGUCACUCGGGGAGAAGCUGCGAAAAGAGCGCGAGCUAA